CCCUGACACUCUCAAGUUAUAGAUUAAACAUACACUGAAGAUAAGCUAUAUAAUUCAUAGCACAUUGUUUGCAUGACAAGCAAAUAUGACGAACCUAUUGCGUACGUUUGUUAAUUGUCCAUUUAUGUAUUCAUUUUUGUUCUGUGCAUAUGUGGCAGUGACAGAUGGAUAUAAGCCAGUCAUACUUGUUCAUGGACUUUUUGAUGGGCCUGGGCAGUUCAGCAGUUUGAUUAAGUUCAUCUCAGAGUCCCACCCAAGUACAACAGUCAUAGCCAUUGACCUAUACAAUGAUGACGACAGCAUUCAGCCUCUGUGGAAACAGGUGGAGGGCUUCAAGAAAGCAAUUUAUCCCAUCAUGCAAAAUUCUUCAGAUGGAGUCCAUCUCAUCUGUUACUCUCAAGGUGGUAUGAUUUGUAGAGGGCUACUUGCUACACUCGAUGACCACAACAUACACUCAGCAAUAUUUCUGUCUGCUCCUUUGGCAGGGCAGUAUGGAGGUAUUGAUUCCAGAUUUUGGUGGUCCAGCAUGUCAAAGAAAAUGCUUUAUCUAUUCUGCUACACUGCGAUAGGACAGAUGGUAUCUGUAUGUAAUUACUGGAAUGACCCAUACCACCAGAGGAUGUUCCUGAGUGGCAAUACAUAUUUGGCCUUACUAAAUGGAGACAGAACACAUGCAAAUAUCACAACUUGGAAGAACAACUUCCUAAGAAUAAAAAAGUUUGUUCUGAUUGGUGGUCGUGAUGACGGACUAAUCUCUCCUUGGCAAUCCAGUCUUUUCAGUUUUUAUGAUGAUAAGGGAAAUGUUGUCGACAUGAGGAAUACAAAUUGGUAUCUGAAAGAUGUGUUUGGCUUGAGAACCCUUGACCUGCGGAAAGAUCUGGUGCAAUGUGAACUUGAUGGUAUUGAACAUAUAAAAUGGCCUCAUGUUGAAGAAGUGUACACUAGUUGCAUUGAGGAAUAGCUACGGGCUUAAAGUAUAGACUCUGCUGCGCGUCGGGGCAGCAUUACCACCUCAAACAUGCAUUAUUUUCCUGAUAACGAACGCAUUGUCAUCCAUUAUCCCUUACUUACAUGGCUUCUUUGAUGAUCUCAAAGAGGAAUUAGGGUGGAGGUUGAGGAGACGCAGAAUUCACUGUACCUAUAAUUUACUUUGCCAUGUACACCUUUUGUUUUGCAUUUCGCUUGAGAGAUGUGUGCCUAGCUCUCUCUCUUUGUUACUUCCAACACAGUCUAUGUUUUAUCCACUGUUUAUUCCCAUCAGCAUAUUAUGCACACUGAUUAAAUGAUUUUCUCAACUUUU